AUGAAUAAUGACAUGAAAAACUUGUAUUUUUUGUUAAUAACAAACAAACAAAAGAAUGUAGAUGCUAAGAAACUUGCACUAAAUAUCCUUUUCUCUUUACUAAAUAAAUCCUCAAAAUAUGAACCAAACCCCUUUAAAAAUCCAAUCAUCAAGAAAAACAUGAGAUUAGAAAAAGCAUAUGGAAAUGUAAAGCUUUUAGGGUCUAAAAUUAUUGAUAAAAACUUAGUCAUUGCAUAA